GUCGCAAAGUGCAACAAGCAGUGGCUUAAUACCUAAACAAAUUUUUCCAUUUUUUGAGUGAUAAAAAAAUUAUCGUAAGAAUGAGUUUGGCUGGCAAAAACGUAGUGUUCGUUGGCGGUUUGGGCUUCAUUGGUUAUGAAGCCUGCAAACAAAUAAUGACCAGAGAUUUGGCGUCUUUCUUCGUCUUUGAUAUUCUGGACAAACCCGAAGCUGUGCAGGCAUUACAGGAAAUCAACCCAAAAACCAAGGUAUACUACACCAAAUUCGACAUUACCAGCAAGGACUCAAUCAAGAGCGCCAUUGAAGAUGUGGUCUCCAAAGUGCAGUACAUCGAUGUGUUGAUCAACGGUGCCGGCAUCUUGGCUGAUCCCAAUGUUGAGUUGACCUUCAACAUCAACUUGAUAGGUCCCAUCAAUACCACCUUCGCCGCAUUGCCUUACAUGGAUAAGAACCAAAAGGGUCGCGGUGGUGUGAUUGUGAAUAUCGCUUCGGUGCUGGGUCUGGAACCAUGUCCACCAGCGGCUGUUUACUGCGCAUCCAAAUUCGGUGUGAUGGGCUUCUCGCGUUCACUUGGCCAUCCCUACUAUUUCGAGCACACUGGUGUCGCUGUGGUUACAUUCUGUCCUGGCUUGACUGACACACCACUGAAGAACAACAUUGGCAGCAAAUAUACUUUCGACUAUUCCAAGGAAAUUGGCGAAAAAUUGAACUCGUCCAAGACUCAGAAACCCGAGGUUUGUGGUGCACACUUAGCUCAAGUGGCGGAGUUGCACGACAAUGGAGGCAUCUAUAUUAGCAACCAAGGUACCCUGACCAAAGUGAAGCCUACCGUUUACUGGGAACCCACUUAUUAAAGACUUGUAGCAUAAAUACAUCCACAUAUUCACAUAUACAGACGUAGUCCCAUGCCAUACGCUUUAACUUUGUUAUUGGCUAACAACUUGUGAUUAGAUUUAUUUAGUGGAAAAAAUGUCUAAUCAAAAAAAUAUUCAAAAUAAAUGAAAACUAUUUUUAUAUAUAAAAUUUAAA